UGCGGGCGAGGUGUGGGGCAAGAGGAGAAUAGAGGGCUAACGUGAGCGAGGUGUGGACGGGUUUCGGCUCCGAGAUCGUGGGGCCCCGGAAGCGGGCCCAGGAUGCUGUGAUCAUCCUGGGAGGUGGGGGCCUUCUCUUCACUUCCUACCUGACAGCCGUGGGGGAUGAGCAUUUCUACGCCGCACACUUGAUGCCGGCGAUGCAGAGGCUGCUGGACCCCGAGGCGGCCCACAGGCUGGCCGUUCGCCUCACCUCCCUGGGGCUCCUUCCUCGUGCCACAUUUCAAGACUCUGACAUGCUGGAAGUGAGACUCCUGGGCCAUAAGUUCCGAAAUCCAGUUGGAAUCGCAGCAGGGUUUGAUAAGCAUGGGGAAGCUGUGGACGGACUUUACAAGAUGGGCUUUGGCUUUGUUGAGAUAGGCAGCGUGACUCCGAAACCUCAGGAAGGAAACCCGAGACCCAGGGUCUUCCGCCUCCCUGAGGACCAAGCCGUCAUUAACAGAUACGGAUUUAACAGUCAUGGACUUUCGGUGGUGGAACACAGGUUGCGGGCCAGACAGGAGAAACAGGCCAGGCUCACAGAAGAGGGGCUGCCCCUGGGAAUAAACCUGGGGAAGAAUAAAACCUCGGUGGACGCAGCUGCGGACUACGCGGAGGGGGUUCGUGUCCUGGGCCCCUUGGCUGACUACCUGGUAGUGAAUGUGUCCAGUCCCAACACCGCCGGGCUGCGGAGCCUUCAGGGAAAGGCGGAGCUGCGCCACCUGCUGACCAAGGUGCUGCAGGAGAGGGACGCUCUGCAGGGAGUGCGCAAGCCAGCGGUGCUGGUGAAGAUUGCACCUGACCUCACAGCCCAGGACAAGGAGGACAUCGCCAGCGUGGUCAGAGAGCUGGGCAUCGAUGGACUGAUUGUCACCAACACCACAGUGAGCCGCCCUGCCAGCCUCCAGGGUGCCCUGCGCGCUGAAACUGGAGGGCUGAGCGGGAAGCCCCUCCGGGACUUAUCCACCCAAACCAUCCGGGAGAUGUACGCGCUCACCAAAGGCGGAGUCCCCAUCAUCGGGGUCGGCGGUGUCAGCAGCGGGCAGGACGCGCUGGAGAAGAUCCGGGCGGGGGCCUCCCUGGUGCAGCUGUACACGGCCCUCACCUACUGCGGACCGCCCGUGGUGGGCAGGGUCAAGCGGGAGCUGGAGGCCCUUUUGAAGGAACAGGGUUUUACGAGAAUCACAGAUGCCAUUGGAGCAGAUCAUCGGAGGUGAGGACGUUGCCGGUGGCAAGCCUCAUGUGGAAUCUUCUCACUAAAGCAGGAGGGUCUCUGUGGCUGGACUGAGAGAGGAGAGCGGCGUCCCCCACCCACAAGAGCCCUUCCUCUGGCCCAGCUUUUGUCAAAGCCAGUCACAAGUGUCACCAGAACCAACGUGCGGCUUUCUUUAAUCACUUGUUGGACCACAACUGUGUUAAUGUUUCUUUCUGGACUCAAAUCCCAUUAAUAUUGCAAGGACAUUAAAUAUUUGAGGGAAAAAAAUCAUG